AUGCGGGACCACAACACCGACAUCGAAGUCUACAUCCGUCCGUAUGCCCGAGUGGCUCCGUACGCCGAGCACGUGGACCUGGAUUCGCUGCAGGCGGGCGUGGAUGGCGACAACUUGAGGUACUUGGAAGCCAAGACGGAUAAGAGGUUCGAGAUUGUUAUCAACCUACCAGCGAGCUACAGAAUGGAUGCGGAGGAGUGCAUUCAAAUGAUGGUGACCUUUGAUGGUGGCCCAGUCUUGACAGACAGGAUCAUAGAACAGAUGGAUCGGGCGGACUGCGGAAAAACAACGGUCAACAUCGACAGCACCAUCCUCUGCUUUAAUCACACACAGACGUCCCAUGCAAUGACAUUUGGAAAACUUCUCGCUGCCCCAGACUGCACCAUGUCAGACUCCCAAAGCCUUCAAGAAAUGUGGACGCGAGGCAAGAUCGAGGUCAAGAUGUUUCGAGGCGAACUUCUGUGA